ACUUCCGGCGGGGCGGGCCGUGACCCGGAAGCGCUCGGCGCGGCGGGGCCGAGAUGGCGGCGGAGCCUCAGCAGCAGCCGGAGCCGCUGGGGGGGGACGCGGACGGCGUGAACUGUCUGGCCUACGACGAGGCCAUCAUGGCGCAGCAGGACCGCAUCCAGCAGGAGAUCGCCGUGCAGAACCCGCUGGUGUCCGAGCGCCUCGAGCUGGCCGUGCUCUACAAGGAGUACGCGCCCGACGACCUCGUCUACCAGCACAAGAUCAAGGACCUGCUGCAGAAGUACUCGUACAUCCGCAAGACGCGGCCGGACGGGAACUGCUUCUACCGCGCCUUCGGCUUCGCCCACCUUGAGGCGCUACUGGGCGACCGCACCGAGCUGCAGCGGUUCAAGGAGAUCUCGGCCAAGAGUAAGGAGGAGCUGGUGUCUCAGGGCUUCACCGAGUUCACGAUCGAGGACUUCCAUAACACGUUCAUGGAGCUGAUUGAGCAGGUGGAGCGGGGCGUGGCGCCCGGCGAGCUCCUGGCCGCCUUCAACGAGCAGAGCACGUCCGACUACCUGGUGGUCUACCUGCGGCUGCUAACGUCCGGGCACCUGCAGCGCCACGCCGCCUUCUUCCAGCACUUCAUCGAGGGCGGGCGCGGCGUCAAGGAGUUCUGCCAGCAGGAGGUGGAGCCCAUGAGCAAGGAGAGCGACCACAUCCACAUCAUCGCGCUGGCACAGGCCCUGCAGGCGCCCGUGCGCGUCGAGUACAUGGACCGAGGCCGCGGCGCCACCAACCCCCACGUCUUCCCCGAGGGCGCUGCGCCCCGCGUCUGCCUGCUCUACCGUCCCGGCCACUACGACAUCCUCUACCCCUGACCUCCAACCCCCGACCUCCCCCUCUGCCUGCUCCACCGCCCCGCCUGCUGCAGCCUCCUCUCCCCGACCCCAUCUCUGCCUGCUCCACUGCCCCAGGAACUGCCCCUGCCACAGACAGAGGUGACCACGGACCCCCAGCUGCCCCAGCCCCUCCCUCCAGCCCCAUCAACUGCCCUGGUCCCCUGCCACCUGUUCCCUGCACCUGCCCCAAUGUACCCCCCCACACGUGUCUGUGCUGGUGCUGGGGAAACUAUAUCCCCCCCAAGCUCCCCCUUGGGCCCUUCCCCCCGCUCCCCCCCAUUAGCCUAUGACACCCUUUGCCCAGGCCCCCUACGACUGCGGCACCCUUGGCCAGGCAUGGAGGCCCCUCCACCAGCUCCUACCAGGCGGGAGGGAGGGCAGGAAAGGACCCCUCAACUGUACCCCCCUCAGGGUCUCUUCCUUGACUCCCCCUCCCUCAGCCAGCACGCCCCCUCUGGGACCGGGGGGGGGGAGCAGAGUUCCCCCCUCCUGCUCCCCCCCACUCCCAGUGACACCCCAGCUCUGCCCCAGCUGUGACCAGGGCAACUUCCUCUACAAGGUGGAGAGGGGGCUAGAGGGCCCCAAGUCCCUGCCCCCAAAGUAAGGACCUGCCCUGGCCACUGCAAUGGGGGGGGGAGGGGCACAGCUGAAGCCCCCCCCUGGUGCUGCCCCCCCUCCCCCUCUUAUCUGGUUCUCUUGUCACCUCCUGUGGCCAAUAAAGGGGAAGCUGGAA